AUGCCAAAAUCUAAGCGGGCGAAAGAAGUAAGGUUAACAUCUGUCAAGAAGAAGUCUAAAGAGCGGAAGUUGCAUCUUGUUGACGCGAUUCGUGAAACUCUGGGAUCGGCUGACCUGGGAAAUGAAUGUUUUGUUUAUAUCAUAUCGCUUUCCAAUCAGCGUAAUUCACCUUUAAAAAACCUUCGAAUCAUCCUCAAACCUGGACGCCUUUUUUAUGGCAAAAACAAGGUGAUGCAAUUGGCGCUGGGCGCUAAACCUGAGACUGAACUCUUGCCAGAUCUACACAAAGUUGCAGAGCAACUUGUCGGUGAACGGGCUCUACUUGUCACUUCCGAAGCCCCUGAUGUUGUUAGAACCAAGCUUGAAGGUUACAAGGUCGUUGACUUUGCCAAAGCGGGACAUAUAGCAAGUGAUACUGUGGUUCUUAAGCCUGAUGAUGGGUCACUAGAAGUGUUUCCCGGUAAUAUGGAGCCCCAAUUCAGACAAUUGGGGUUACCGACCACGUUGAACAUGGGCAAGAUUCAGUUACUUGGUGAAUAUAUCGUAUGCGAGCGUGAUCGUCCCUUGACCCCAACUCAAGCACGAGUAUUGAAGGUCCUUGGUAUACGUAUGGCGUUAUUCGAGGCUAAUAUACAUGGAUAUUGGACCGACGAUUUCAAACGAGGGUUCACCACUCUAGAAACCAUAGUAAAGCGCGGGAUAGAACGGCUAUGCGAUGCUCAGUCCAAUGAUGUCAUUUCUCACUGCAAAAGGCCACUCGUACGCCUCGCAGGUGACUCCUGCGAGGGCGAUCUGCAUACUAAAAUCGCACAUACACUCUCUGAGCAUCUGCAAAUACCAGCGGAAGAAGUGGCAAUACGGUUAAGAGAUGAAAUCAGGAAGGAAACCGAUUGCGUCAGUGACUGUUUCGUCACUGGCAAUAACUAUAUAAAUAUUGUCCUCAAGGAUGAAUAUUUGACACGGACACUCAAAGCAAUGGCUAAUGACACAUGCAAAAGGCUUAAUGUUCCUAUAAUGUCACGUCAAAAUGUGGUCGUGGAUUACUUUGGCCCGAACGUGGGAAAAGAGCUACAUAUGGGUCAUUUAAGAUCGGCUGCCAUCGGUGGUGCUAUAUCCAAUAUAUUAGAGUUUUGCGGUGAUAAAGUAUAUCGCCGUAGCCAUAUUGGUGAUUUUGGGGCGCAUUCGGGACAGAUUAUACGCUACCUUAUUGAAUAUGACCCCUAUUCUUUAGAUUGUUUUACUGAAAGUUGGACAGAUCGUGAACGGUUAUUGGAACUGACACGCCAAGAGUUAGGUUAUUCAGUUUGGGAUGCUAAAGGUAUAAAGACAUCAAACAGGUUAUCUAGACCCACACCCGCAGAAUCUACUGACCUCAUUGUUAACACAAUCGGUGAAAUUUACAGACGUGCCAAACGGCAGUGUGAACUCGAUGAAAAGUUUAAUGUUAGAUGUAAAGAGGAGACUGCAUUGUUACAACAUGGUCGGCAUCUUUAUCAGAAGACUUGGGAGAAUAUCUCUCUGAAAUCCAUGCAGAGCUACCGUGACCUUUUGGAAGACUUCAAGCUGGAUAAAAUAAGAGAUGUACCGGAAAGUUGUUAUGCUAAAAGGGUAUUUAAACUUAUAGAUCGACUUGUGAAAGAAGGACACGCGCUCAAGAACAAGGAUGGGAGCAUAACCAUAAAAAUAGAACACCAUGGUUCAUCUGUAGAUCCUUCAAGAGCUAAUAUAGACCAAGAUAAGGAGCCGGCACAUGGUAAGAACCAAACGACUCUUGUAUACCUAUAUAACAUGGCGUCAGAUCUCGUUCUACUAACUAGGGAAGGUGCUGCUACAUACCUCUCUGUGGAUCUUUGCGCUCUUGAGUACAGGUUGCGUGAGCACAAGGCGGAUACAAUCUUGUAUGUGACGGACAGUGCUCAACGUGGUCACUUUUCCAAGCUUAUCACCGUUGCCCGUCAGGUUGGCAUUUUGAAGGACCAACGGGUAGAGCAUCUUGGUUUUGGUGCUGUACUGGCAGAAGAUGGAAAGAAGUUGCGCUCACGUCGGAAAUCCGGAGCACAUGUAUUAGAUAUAUGGAGCGAUACAUUUGAUAAGUGUCUGCAUGAGGUUGAGAAUAAAGGGGAGUACAAGUUUCCUGAUAAUGCCAUUAUGGCGAACACAUUAGCUGUUGGAUCUAUGUUAUAUGCGGAUCUGUCUACUACGCACGGGGAUACAUACACCUUUUCAACUGACCGGCUUCUUAAACAAGGCGGUAACAACCUUAUCAGUAUCCUCUAUUCGUAUGUCCGAGGUCGAUCUAUAUUGCGAAAGGUUGUUAGCGACAACAUAUCGGUGCUUAACGACGAUUUUGGGGAAGGGUGGUUAUUCAGAAGUGACUUUGACCGUAACCUUGCAGUACAGUUGGUAGGUCUUGAGAAUGCUAUCUUAACAGCAGCUAUAAUGCGUGCUCCACAUAGAUUGUGCAAGUAUGUAUGGAAGCUAUCACGAGAUUUUGCACAUUUCUAUGAAUCGACACGCGUACUGGAUAAUGGUACCGCACGGGCAGAAAACGUGUUACUUGUAGACCUAUUCGCCAAGGUCACGAACCUGGUGCUCACACUACUGAACAUAGAAACUGUUGAUUACCUUUGA